AUGGGCACUCAAGACAAGUCACCAAACGCUAACAAUUCCAUGCAGCGUGUUAAGGUAUACCGCCUGAAUGAGGAUGGGAAAUGGGAUGACCAAGGAACUGGCCAUGUCACUGUUGAUUAUCUGGAGAGAUCAGAAGAUCUGGGGUUGUUCGUUAUUGAUGAGGAAGACAAUGAAACGUUAUUAUUGCACCGGAUCAGCUCACAAGAUAUUUAUCGUAAGCAAGAAGAAACAAUUAUUUCGUGGAGAGAUCCAGAGUUUUCAACUGAAUUGGCCCUUAGCUUCCAGGAGAUGACUGGUUGCUCUUACAUAUGGGACCAUAUAUGUAGCGUGCAAAGGAAUAUACAUUUUAGCUCUCUUAGUAACGAGACGUACGAUAAUGUCAAUAAUGAGUUGAGGGAGUUGCCUCCAGUUGAGCUAUCUACUCUCCCUUUGAUACUUAAGAUUGUAGUUGAGAGUAGCAUCACCGAUCAAUUGCGUGUUAAUGAACUCAUACUACAUUAUCAAGAUUUCUUCCGAAAGCUGGUGGACCUGUUUAGAAUUUGUGAAGAUUUGGAAAAUAUUGAUGGUCUUCACAUGAUUUUCAAAUUAGUUAGAGGAAUCACUUUACUAAAUAGCCCCCAGAUUUUUGAGAAAAUAUUCGGGGAUGAAUUGAUCAUGGAUAUAAUCGGAUGUCUUGAAUUUGAUCCCGAGGUACCUCAUGUUCAUCAUCGCAGUUUUUUAAAAGAGCAUGUGGUGUUCAAGGAGGCCAUACCUAUUAAAAACCCUUUAGUCCUUUCCAAGAUACAUCAAACUUACAGAAUCGGUUAUCUGAAGGAUGUCAUAUUGCCAAGAGCAUUGGAUGAGGCCACUGUUGCAAGUCUUAAUUCUAUAAUCUAUUCAAACAAUGCAACUGUUGUUUCGUUGUUGAAAGAUGACAGCACCUUCAUUCAGGAAUUGUUUGCACGGUUGAAGUGUCCUACCACUUCUGCAGAAUCAAAAAAAACUAUGAUACACUUCUUGCAUGAGUUUUGUACCUUAAGCAAGAGCUUGCAGAUGGUUCAGCAGCUCCGGCUAUUUAGGGAUCUUGUCAAUGAAGGCAUAUUUGACAUCAUAGCUGACGUUUUGCAGAGUGAUGACAAAAAGCUUGUGUUGACUGGGACAGACAUUCUCAUUCUUUUUCUGAAUCAGGAUCCCAGUAUUUUGCGUUCUUAUGUAACUAGGCAAGGUGUUCUUUUUGGACUUCUGGUAAAAAAUAUGCUAACAGAUUUUGGAGAUGAUAUGCACUGCCAAUUUCUUGAAAUCCUUCGCAGUCUUUUGGAUUCAUAUACAUCAGCGUCACAGAGAGAUUCUAUUGUUGAAAUUUUCUACGAGAAGCACUUGGGUCAAUUAAUAGAUGCUAUAACAUCAUCAUGCCCACCAAAUGAUACUGCUCAAAUAGGCAGUAAGUUUGUGAGCUCAGAUGGAGGAAAUUGGAAUCAAAGUGGAGUGAAGCCUGAAAUACUAUUGAACAUUUGCGAUCUUCUAUGCUUCUGUGUUUUGCACCAUCCUUAUAGAAUAAAAUGUAAUUUUUUACUUGAUAACGUGAUCGAUAAGGUUUUAUAUCUGACAAGAAGACGGGAAAAGUAUCUUGUAGUUGCUGCUGUUAGAUUCGUGAGGACUCUUAUUUCUCGCAGUGAUGAGCAUCUUAUGGAUCACAUUGUGAAGAACAACCUUUUCAAACCCAUUGUAGAUGCAUUUGUUGCUAAUGGUGAUAGAUACAAUCUUCUGAACUCUGCCGUACUUGAACUAUUUGAAUAUAUCCGAAAGGAGAACUUGAAGAUAUUACUUAGAUAUAUAGUUGAUUCAUUCUGGGAUCAGUUGGUCAAACUUGAGAACUUGUCUUCCAUUCAAGCUCUAAAAGUUAAAUACGAGCAGUCCCUAGAGAGUGCCGGAACGAGAAGCACUGCUACUUUGUUAGACCAGAGGAAACGGAUAGAUGAGCGAGCUUUGGAGAGAGAGGAAGAAGAUUAUUUUAAUGAGGACAGUGAUGAAGAAAAUUCUGCAUCAGCUGCCAGCUCUAACAGAGUGCAAUCUCAGCCUGUCUUGGCUAAUGGAUCUGCUCUAAACUACCCUUCACUGCGGUCUAGUGGACUUGUUGACUAUGAAGAUGAUGAGGAUGAUGAGGAUUACAAACCUCCACCUAAAAAACUGUCUGAUAUAUCUGAUGAAGAUGAGGGGCUGGCCGAGUUCCGGUUAAAACGCAAAUUAGUUUCAAAGGAGGAGCCUGAGCCAAAAAGGUUGCUGCAGUCCCCAAAAGGCACAAAACCAAGAGAAGGUGUAUUUGCUGCCUUAUGCUCUACCCUAAGUCAGGCAGUACUACCAAGUAAGAAAACAAUUGGUGCUGGAACUGACAGUCCUCAGUUGGAUGCAAACAAGAACACUAUCGAACCAGAUUGUGAUGUGAAGGGUUCUACGAGGUCAUCUGAUGAUGAUGGAAAUGCAGAUGCGAAAUCCCAUGCAAAGGAUGAAGAAGCUUCUCCUAGAAGCUUUUCUGAUAGUUUGCAUGAUUACCCAGAGAAUAGGCAGCGGAGUGAUGACUGUUCAAUGCUACCACCUAAGUCCUCACCGGAAAUGGCUGUGAAUGGAUCCUGA